UCUCCCUGGCCCCAGCGACUCUUUCUCUUCCUCUCAUUCUCUGCUCAACUUUGAUCUAUUCGCAAGUUAACUGGGGGGCUGAAGCUUUGUGAGGAGCAGGGAAUCUACAGGACACGCGGCUUGUGCAGCGGGAUCGCUUCUAUAUCAGACUAUAUAAGUAGCUGUGCGCGUCUCCUGCAGGGCAGGGCGACCUUAUACCCCUCGGUGGUUAUGGAGCUGCUGUGCUGUGAAGUGGAUACCGUUCGGAGAGCUUACCGUGACCAGACCCUGCUCACAGACCGGGUGCUGCUGAACCUGCUUAAGGCGGAGGAGAUCUCCAUCCCCUCGGUGUCUUAUUUUAAAUGCGUGCAGAGGGAGAUCCAGCCCUAUAUGAGGAAGAUCCUGGCCACAUGGAUGCUGGAGGUCUGUGAGGAGCAAAAAUGUGAGGAGGAGGUCUUUCCGCUAGCCAUGAACUAUCUUGAUCGGUUCCUAUCUUUGGAGCCUUUGAAGAAAAGCAGACUACAACUACUGGGGGCAACAUGUAUGUUCUUGGCAUCAAAAAUGAAGGAGACCAUCCCCCUGACGGCAGAGAAACUCUGUAUAUACACAGACCAUUCCAUCAGCAUCGAACAGUUACUGCAAAUGGAGCUGCUGAUCCUUAACAAGUUGAAAUGGUGUAUGGCGUGUGUCACGCCUCACGACUUUAUCGAACAUUUCCUCAACAAACUGUCUCUGUCUGAGAAUAGCAAGCAAAUCAUCCGCAAACACGCCCAGACAUUUGUGGCUCUCUGUGCAACAGAUGUAAAGUUCAUCUCAAACCCUCCAUCAAUGAUCGCGGCAGGAAGUGUAACAGCAGCUGUACAGGGUCUUAACUUGGGACCCAGCAACGGUGGCCUAUCCCCUCAACACAUCACCCUUUUUCUUUCUAAAGUCGUUAAAUGUGACCCGGACUGUUUACGAGCCUGUCAGGAACAGAUUGAAUCACUUUUGGAAUCCAGUCUCCGGCAAGCACAGCAGCUUAAUGUUCCUUCUGACACAAAGACAGUAGAAGAAGCCGACUUGUCUUGUACACCAACAGAUGUAAGAGAUGUAAACAUCUGAUGCAUUUGCCAUUAACUUUAUUUUUGGACCAUGGGGUGAAAGCGGCAUAGUUUUCUUCAAAAGAAAUACUAAGGCACCAUCUCUCCACGCUGGACCUCGGGACAUUGUAAAAAGCAAGGAGGAUUUCCUUUUCUUCAGUGACCUUAAAAGUUACCCAAACUGACUUUUUAUAUAAGUUUAAAAAAAAGAAAAAAAAAGUGAAAAAAAAGUAUUUGCAUAAAAUCUCUGAGGGUUUGUGCUACAAAAAGAGACAAUAAUCAAUUAGUUUAUAUUAAUGUGUUCAUGUCUGUAUGUUGUAAAAAUAGGCAUUAACACAAGAGCUUUGUCUCCAGAGGAGGUACUAGUUAUGAUUCCUUAUAUGUCAGAAGCCAAUUUUGAUAUAGAAGCAUUUUUAUGUUUUUUCUUAGAUUUUCCUUUAAACAUUGCUUAGGCGUCUUCAUAUCUUGCUUGCUAUUGCAUGUAGUCACUUUAUUAUUACUUUCUUACCUUUUUUUAAUAAUUUCUUAUAGAUUUCUUUAUCCUCUUCCCCUUUUAAAUACUUUUAUAUAUGCAUAGCAGUUUGUCAGUUUGUCCUAGCAUCCUGACUCACGUCUGUGGAUUAAUUUUUGUAUGAGGCUACAGGGUGCUGCCAUAGUAAUUUGUUUCCUAUAUUAAACCCUAUAAAGAGGGGCUUAAUAUAUUCUA